AGAAAUACUCUAAUUAAGAAAAACGUGUGGCCCUUCCUACGUUUCUCAUUGAAAUUUGAGUACAUAUAACAUUGUAACUGUAGCCUUUUUCGACUGAAAUUAUUGAAUUCUUUCCACUGUCGAUUUCUUGGUUUAAUUUUCUGUUCAUACAAAUAUAUGGAUACUGAAUCAGUGAUUGAGUUCUUGGGUGAUGUGCCAUUGUUGCAGAGGCUACCUAGUUCUUCCCUCAAGAAAAUUGCCCAACUCGUCAAGGUUAAACAUUAUGAUCGUGGAGAUUAUGUUAUCCGCGAAGGAGAAGCUGUGGAUGGAAUUUACUUUAUAUGGGAUGGAGAGGCAGAAGUAUGCGGUUUCUGCCAAGCUGAUGAUGAAAAUCGUCCUGAAUUCCAGCUGAAAAAAUUUGAUUAUUUUGGUCAUGGUUUGGCGACAUCUAGACAGACUGCCGAGGUGAUCGCAUUGUCUAAGCUGACCUGCUUAGUGUUGCCUCAUGAGCAUAAUAAUCUGCUCCAGCCCAAAUCAAUUUGGAACGCAGAUCAAGAAAGAGAUCUGUGUCCACUUGUGGAGCACAUAUUGCUCUUGGAGCCUAUUGAGGUGAACAUUUUCCAAGGUAUAACAUUGCCAGAUGCCCCUAGAUUUGGGAAAGUAUUUGGAGGUCAGUUUAUUGGGCAGGCAUUGGCUGCAGCAUCAAAAACUGUUGAUUUUCUCAAAAUUGUUCAUAGUUUGCAUGCCUACUUCCUUCUUGUUGGGGAUCUUGAAAUUCCAAUCAUAUAUCAAGUUUACCGUGUACGUGAUGGAAAGAGCUUUGCUACACGGAGGGUGGAUGCAAUUCAGAAAGGGAAUGUCGUAUUCACAUUGCUAGCUUCAUUUCAGAAAGAUGAAGAUGGAUUUGAUCACCAAGAAGCAAAAAUGCCUGAUGUGCCUGAUCCAGAAACGCUUUUAUCAAUGGAAGAUUUGAGAGAAAUGCGCAAGACUGAUCCCCGGCUUCCCAGGACAUACCGAAAUAAGGUUUCUACUGCAAAAUUUGUUCCAUGGCCAAUAGAGAUAAGGUUUUGUGAACCUAACAAUGCCACUAAUUACACCAAGUCUCCUCCAAGCUUGAGAUAUUGGUUCAGAGCAAAAGGAAAACUUUCAGAUGACCAGGCCUUACAUAGAUGUGUUGCAGCAUAUACAUCAGAUCUAAUCUUUCUUUCAGUCAGUCUGAAUCCUCACCGAAAGAUGGGUUUCGAGACAAGUUCUGUUAGUCUGGAUCAUUCGAUGUGGUUCCACAGACCUGUGAGAGCUGAUGAUUGGAUAUUGUUUGUGAUCAACAGUCCGACUGCUUAUAAUGCACGUGGCUUUGUGUGGGGGCAAAUGUUUAAUAGGAAGGGAGAGCUCGUAGCGUCAAUUACUCAAGAGGGCUUAUUGAGGCCAGCCAGAAAACUACCUCCAUUUCGACCAAUGCUCUAAUCCAUGCCAGGUCGAAUGAGAAAAGAGGACUAGUCACUACAGGUUCAUUAGCAGUAACACUGCUGUAGAGCUCAAGUAAACACUACAGAGGUUGCGAGUCGAGCUAUGACCAUAUCUUUGUUCUAUCAUUCAGAACUGGCCUGCCAUUGUCACCUUUAUAUAUUCCUAGCCCCCGCGAAAAGAGGCAUUGAAGUUGUUACAUAGAUCGACCUAUGAUAGUUCAAGUCAAAAGUUAUUGUUCUGUUUUUUUCAAGUUUCAUCUUCUAUUAGGAUAUGAUUUGAUCUCAAGAUGUCAUUUGUUUAAUGUCUUUAGUUGACUAACACUCGCUCUUUAUUCAGGAAAAAAUAAAUCCAAUGUAAUUUCAUGAACGUUGUGACUACUCAAGGAAGAUUUGCAUGUAUCAAUCUGUCUUUCUU